GGGCGCGGGCGCGGGAAGAUGGAGACGCACAUCUCCUGCCUCUUCCCCGAGCUGCUCGCCAUGAUCUUCGGCUACCUGGACGUGCGGGACAAGGGGCGCGCGGCGCAGGUGUGCGCGGCCUGGCGGGACGCCGCCUACCACAAGUCGGUGUGGCGGGGGGUGGAGGCCAAGCUGCACCUGCGCCGGGCCAACCCGUCGCUGUUCCCCAGCCUGCAGGCCCGGGGCAUCCGCCGCGUGCAGAUCCUCAGCCUGCGCCGCAGCCUGAGCUACGUGGUGCAGGGCCUGGCGGACAUGGAGAGCCUGAACCUGAGCGGCUGCUACAACCUGACGGACAACGGGCUGGGCCACGCCUUCGUGCAGGAGGUGGGCUCGCUGCGCGCGCUCAACCUGAGCCUGUGCAAGCAGAUCACCGACAGCAGCCUGGGCCGCAUCGCGCAGUACCUCAAGGGCCUGGAGGUGCUGGAGCUGGGCGGCUGCAGCAACGUCACCAACACGGGGCUGCUGCUCAUCGCCUGGGGCCUGCAGCGCCUGCGGAGCCUCAACCUGCGCAGCUGCCGCCACCUCUCGGACGUGGGCAUCGGGCACCUGGCGGGCAUGACGCGCAGCGCGGCCGAGGGCUGCCUGCGGCUGGAGCAGCUCACGCUGCAGGACUGCCAGAAGCUCACCGACCUGUCGCUCAAGCACAUCGCGCGCGGGCUCACGGGGCUGCGGCUGCUCAACCUGAGCUUCUGCGGCGGCAUCUCGGACGCGGGGCUGCUGCACCUGUCGCACAUGGGCAGCCUGCGCAGCCUCAACCUGCGCUCCUGCGACAACAUCAGCGACGCGGGCAUCAUGCACCUGGCCACCGGCGGCCUGCGCCUCUCGGGCCUGGACGUGUCCUUCUGCGACAAGGUGGGCGACCAGAGCCUGGCCUACAUCGCGCAGGGCCUGGACGGGCUCAAGUCGCUGUCGCUGUGCUCGUGCCACAUCAGCGACGACGGCCUGAACCGCAUGGUGCGGCAGAUGCACGGGCUGCGCACGCUCAACAUCGGGCAGUGCGCGCGCAUCACCGACCGCGGCCUGGAGCUCAUCGCCGAGCACCUGAGCCAGCUCACGGGCAUCGACCUGUACGGCUGCACGCGCAUCACCAAGCGCGGCCUGGAGCGCAUCACGCAGCUGCCCUGCCUCAAGGUGCUCAACCUGGGGCUCUGGCAGAUGACGGACAGCGAGAAGGUCAGGUGAGGGCGGGGGGCGGGGGGCCGGGGGCGGGGGGCGCGA